AUGCUCAGCAGAAUUAGCCAACCUUUGCUGCAAACAGCUCAGAAGACACUAGCAGCUUCUGCUAGAAACUUGAUGCUCCAUGAGCAUCAUGGUAUGUCUGUUCUUCAAAAGGAAGACAUCAAGGUUCCACCUUUCGGAGUAGCCCGAUCUGCUGAGCAAGCUAAGGAUCAAGCCAGGAAAAUUGGCGGUAAAGAUUAUGUAAUCAAAGCCCAAGUUCUUGCCGGAGGAAGAGGAAAGGGAAAGUUUGACUCUGGUCUUCAAGGAGGAGUUCAAAUCGUCUUCACUCCAGAGGAAGCUGAAGAGAAAGCAAAACUUAUGAUUGGUUCUAAUCUUGUAACUAAGCAAACUGACCACCGUGGAAAGAGAUGUGAUGAGGUUAUGGUAUGCAAACGUCUCUUCACUCGCCGUGAGUACUACUUUUCUAUCACAUUAGACAGAACAACAAAUGGACCUAUUAUCAUUGGAUCCUCUCGAGGAGGAGUCAACAUUGAGGAAGUUGCUGAAACUGAACCAGAUGCAAUUGUUAAGGUUCCCAUUGACCUCAGUGUCGGAAUCACUGAAGAGAUUGCCAAGGAUGUUGCCACUAGAAUGGGAUUCCAAGGAGAUUGCUUGACCCAGGCUUCUGAAAUCAUCAAGAAGCUUUACAACUUGUUCAGAAAGAGUGAUGCUACUCUCAUCGAAAUCAACCCCAUGGCUGAAGAUGUUAACGGAGAUGUUUAUUGCAUGGAUUGCAAACUUCUCCUCGACUCUAACGCUGAGUUCCGUCAAGCCGAUCUCUUCUCUCUCAAGGAUUCCAAACAAGAGGAUGAACUCGAGAUCCGUGCUGCUGCUGCUAACUUGAACUACAUUAGAUUGGACGGAAAUAUCGGAUGCAUGGUUAAUGGAGCUGGAUUGGCUAUGGCCACUAUGGAUAUCAUUAAACUUCACGGAGGAGAGCCAGCUAAUUUCCUCGAUGUUGGUGGUGGAGCUACUGUUGAACAAGUCACUGAAGCUUUCAAGAUUAUCACAGCUGAUGAGAAAAAAGUUAACGCUAUUUUAGUAAACAUUUUCGGAGGAAUUAUGCGUUGCGACGUUAUCGCUCAAGGUAUUAUUCAAGCUGCUAAUGAAUUGAAACUGAAAAUUCCAAUCGUCGUUCGUCUCCAAGGAACAAAGGUUGAGGAUGCCAAGGCUCUUAUUGCCACUUCUCAGUUGAGGAUUCUACCAUGCGACAAUCUUGACGAAGCCGCCAAGAUGGUUGUCAAACUUUCAAACAUCGUGAACCUUGCUCGUGCCGCUCAAAUCGAUGUUAAAUUUGAACUGUCCAUCUAA